GUUAACUUAACCAUAGUCAACCGUGUCCUCCAUGACCUUUAACUACCUCUCUUCUUUAUCUUCCUCCACUCCCCUUUGAAAUUUCAGUGCAUUUCUCUUCUCUCUUUGCUAAUAACGUUCAACAUGGGUGCACUCCACAUUUUCCUUUUCACUCUCUUUUCCAUUUCCAUUUCCAUUCAUGCACACAACAUCACUGAAAUCUUAAGCCACUUCCCAGAGUACAGUGAGUUCAACAGUUACCUCUCACAAACAAAACUCGCUGACGAGAUUAACAGCCGUCAAACGAUCACCGUCUUAGCUUUGCCCAAUGGAGCCAUGUCUUCUGUUGUUGGCAAACACCCACUUUCCGUCAUCAAAAACGUUCUUUCCCUUCACAUUUUACUCGAUUACUUUGACGGCACCAAACUCCACAAGAUCUCUGACGGCACGACACUUUCCACUACCCUUUACCAAACCACUGGCAAUGCUAACGGCAACUUAGGUUCCGUUAACAUCACCGAUCUUAAAGGUGGUAAAGUGGGUUUCGGCUCAGCUAUUCCUAACUCACCAUUAGCAUCUACAUACACCAAAUCUGUGAAGCAAAUCCAGUACAAUAUCUCUGUAUUAGAGAUUAGUGCUCCUAUCAUUGCUCCAGGUAUUUUGGCAGCUCCAGCACCAUCUGGUGAUUUCAACAUAACGGGUGCAUUGGAGAAAGCAGGAUGUAAAACAUUUGCUUCAUUACUUAUCUCAUCUGGUGUUCUCAAGACGUAUGAAACUGCCAUUACUAAGGGUUUAACUGUCUUUGCACCGAAUGAUGAAGCGUUUAAGGGCGCUAAAGUUCCAGAUCUGAGCAAGCUAAGUAACGCUGAGGUUGUGUCACUUUUACAAUACCAUGCUGUUCCAAGUUAUACUCCUAUUGGAAGUUUAAAAACAAAAAAGAAUCCCAUUCCAACUCUAGCAACUAAUGGUGCUAGUAAAUACGAUUUGAGAGCUUCUACAGCUGGCGACCAGGUCACACUUGACACAGGUGUUGACUCAUCAAGAAUCGCUUCAACUGUCAUUGACUCAACUCCCUUCUGCAUUUUCACCGUUGAUAGUGUUCUUCUACCCGAAGAGUUGUUCGGGAAAUCACCUUCACCGGCGCCGGGACCAGCACCGGAUAUUUCUCCAGCACCGGAAGUAGCUUCACCUGGACCUGCUCCUGAUGCCAGCUCACCUACUCCGAUGAUGUCUCCACCGGCACCGCCGAUGAUGUCUCCGGAAGUUUCUCCGGCAGCUGGUCCUGACGCAGAUUCCGAGAACAGUACGGCGAAGAAGAACGCUGGUAACGUUAACGCUCCGGCAUUGAUGAAAGUUCUAUUUACAGUGUCAGUUUCGGUAAUUGUGUCUCUUUAUUUGUCCUAGAUCGCCAUUUAAAAGCAUGUUUAAUUUAUUUUGUUUUUUUUCGCUUAUUGGGUUUUGGAGUCAUAUUUUUAUUUGUGACUUGCUUGCAGAGAGGAUUUUUAUUUAAUUUCAUUUAAUUUUUAAAUGUCCUUUAAUAGUGAGUGAGCCGUUGUGCUGAGGAAGGACAUUGUUUUUGCUUUUUAUGUUUUGUUCAGUUGCUGUAAGCUGUACUUCUUAUUUUAUUUUCUUGUUUUUAGUAUUUCUAUACUUUAAUAAUGUUCCACUUGUUGAGA